AUGGCGCCGAGUGCAACACGCGAAUCACUGAAGACGUGCAGGCCUGUCGUCGCAUUGGACGGGACUUUUCUGAUACGUGCUCAGAAGGCUACUCUGCUGUACGCCAAUGCGAUGGACGGCAAUCAGCAGAUCAUCCCCAUCGCGUGGGCGCUCGUUGAGAGCGAAACCAAGGACACAUGGACUUGGUUUUGCCGGCUCUUUGAUAAGCACUGUUCCGACUGGAAGGGACGGGACGACGCGGCCAUCAUCAGCGACCGGGACAAAGGCCUCAUCCCGGCGGUGAAGGAAGUGUUCCCAGAGAAGGUGGCGCACUACUUCUGUGGGUGGCACAUGCAGCAGAACGUGAAGCGGUUCGGGAAGACGUCCCGCGGACAUGUUAUGACGGCUUUUGACAGCAAGGUCGUUGCCGAAGUACAACGAAAUCAAGGCCGGUGCACGGGAAUCCCAUCCGCUGCUGACGACCUACCUCUACGGUCCGGCACCUGUGGCCGACGCGCCGGGGCCAAACCCCACACCACCAGCUGGCUUCCGUAUUCGCCGGCGCAACGUUCGCCAAACACGCCGGACACGCGCGACCGCCAACAAUAUUGCGGCCGAGGCGGCCGGCGCACGGCAGCGUGCUCGAGCAUCACAGUCGCGUCGACGCGGCCCCCGACAGAGGCAGAGCGGGGCAGGACGCCCACCUCCGCAUGCCGCAGCGCCAGUGCCAUCCGCGGCGCCAGGGCCAUCUGCAGCGACUCGCCCACGCGCACCACCGUCUCCCUCGUCUGCGCCCCGCCCGUCCGCAGCCCCAGCAUCAUCCGCAGCCCCCAGCCCACCUGCAGCGCCAGGGCCUUUCGCAGCGGCCCGCCCAUAUGCAGCACCGUCACCCGCUUCUGCGACCCGCACAUCCGCUGCACCUGCACCAUCCGCAGCCCCCAGCCCUUCUGCAGCGCCAGGGCCUUCCGCAACGCCCCACCCCUCAGCAGCGCCGUCACCCGCUUCUACGACCCGCCCAUCCGCGGCACCUGCAUCAUCCGCAGCGCACUGCCCGUCUGCAGCGCCAGGGCCUUCCGCAGCGCCCCGCCCAUCCGCGUCUACAGGACCAUCCGCAUCACCGUCACCAUCCACUUCGACCCGCCCAUCUGCAGCACCAGAAACAACCGCACCAUCAACAUCACAGCGUGCGCCGCAUCCACUACGACGGACUUCACCGAUCGUCGUGCCUAG